AGUCAGAUGUUGGUCCUCCUGAGGUCUCCCCUUCUAUAUAAGGCUCAGCGCGCUCACACUUUACGCAGUUCUCAUUUUGCCUCAGGAACAGCGCCAACAAGCUGCAGCCGCGGAUCAUCACUGCUCCCACCACGAAAGACAACGAUACACACACGUUUUUGGAUAUUACUACAUUGAGGUCCAACAGCUGGACAGCAUUUUCAAGAGCUGCCCCAUUCGCCAGUCCAGUGUCACAUUGACCUCCAGAGAUAUGGCCUAUCUUGUCCUAUUCUCCCUGCUGAUGUGGUCUUUCAUGGAGAGUGCUUCAGUCUUCCUGCCUGACUCUCCCGAGCUGAGAGACCUGUUGAGCCGAUACGAAGAGGAGGCACAAAACCAAGGCAGCACCAGCCACACACCUGCCAACCGGACGAGACGAGCCAUCCGCUGGUCAGACCGUGAGGAGAUCAUCCAACUCCAUAACAAGCUGAGGAGCGGCGUCUACCCCACUGCAUCCAACAUGGAAUACAUGGUGUGGGAUGAGGAGUUGGAGCGCUCAGCCACACAUUGGGCAGAACAAUGUCAGUGGGACCAUGGACCUCAUGACUUGCUCAGAUCCAUUGGACAAAACCUGGGUGUUCACUGGGGCAGAUAUCGAUCUCCUGCCUUCCAUGUCCAGGCCUGGUAUGACGAGGUGAAAGACUACACCUAUCCCUACCCUCACGAGUGCAACCCUUGGUGUCCAGACCGCUGCUCUGGGCCCAUGUGCACCCAUUACACUCAGUUGGUUUGGGCAACUACAAGUCGUGUGGGCUGUGCCGUUCACGUGUGUCCACAAAUGAAUGUGUGGGGAGAAAUCUGGAAGAACGCUGUUUAUCUUGUGUGCAACUAUUCCCCAAAAGGUAACUGGAUCGGAGAGGCACCCUACAAGCACGGGCGCCCCUGCUCUCAGUGUCCCCCUAGCUACGGAGGGGGAUGUCGGAACAACCUGUGCUACAAAGAUUCACAGAUUUCCGAAACAGAAGAUAUGAAUGAAGUAGAGAAGCCUCAGGUUCCUCUGCCUCCUCGCACGACACCUAAACCAACUGUAAAACCCAAACCUCAAGCAAGGAAACCAGUGUCCAAGCCCUCCUCUCCCAAGAACAGUACUCCCAGGACACCAGCAUCUACCACUCCUGACAGCAACUUUUUGGCACAUAAUAUCAAAUGUGAGACUAGACUGAGAGACAAGUGCAGAGGAGUUACCUGUAAUCGUUUCAAAUGCCCUGCUAACUGCCUCAAUAAAAAGGGGAAGGUUUAUGGCACUCUAUUUUACGAUGUGCAAUCAAGCAUCUGCAGAGCGGCUAUUCAUUUUGGCGUCAUUGACAACAAUGGAGGCAUAAUUGACGUCACAAGAAUGGAGAAAUUUCCUUUUUUUGUAAAAUCCACAAAACAUGGUGUAGAGUCUUUCAGUAAAUAUAAACCUGGAAAUGCUUUUGUAAUGUCCAAAGUACAAGAAAUUUCUGUGGACUGUUAUACAACAGUGGCUGAAAUCUGUCCUUACAAAAAGCCAAACUCACAUUGUCCAAGAAUUUCCUGUCCAGCUGACUGCAAGAACCAGCCUUCUUACUGGUCACCUGUGAUUGGAAACAGCAUUUAUGCAGAACACUCAAGUAUUUGUAAGGCAGCCAUCCACGCAGGAGUGAUCAGGCCUGAUGGAGGUUUGGUGGAUGUCCUGCCACUGGACAAGAGAAAGAGCUUUACUGGCAUCCUGAAGAACGGCAUCCAGUCUGAAAGCAAAAGUACCACAGAGGGAGGGUCCUUCCGUGUCUUCACUGUGAGGCAGUGAGUCUCCCUCCUCACCUCAGGAGCUCCUCUGUCAGUGCCCUCCUACAGGGCCAUUCAAGUCCAUGCAUUUUUAGAAGAGGCCCAUAGAGUUUGGACACCUACAAAAGCUACAUUUCUCGCAUAGAGAUAAUUGUGAAUGCAGAAUGUUUUGACUGAUAAUGUUGAGAGACUCUCCAUUUGUUUUCAGAAUAUGUUUACAUGAAUGAGGAUCAAAUGUACAUUGUUUUAGGAAUGUAUACCAGUUACACUGUAUUUAAUCAAUGUGUACAAACAUUGUAAUAUUGUAUUAUUUUAGACACUUUUGUAAUUAUUGUCUGAAUAUGAUGCUAUUUUUUGAGCGCUCCCAAACUCAUUCACUAUUCCAAUUUUUAUAAGCAAGUAUUUAUAAAUUAGAAGUUAAAAGUUAAAAAUUAAAGUUUCAGUGCCUUUAUAGAAGGAGUAAGAAGGCAGCAGGCUGCUGUUAGAUAAUAAUUUGUGUUAGAUUUGUGCAGAUGUACAUGGGAGACAGUGACAGAUCACUCUUGAUACAUAACUGUUGGGGCGUAACGUUUCUGUUUUUGGUUUUAUUAUAUAUUUUUUUUAUCUUGACAGUUUUGCACUUAAUUAUGUUUUACUUUUCCUCUGCAUCAUUGGUGGAAAUCAAUUCUUUAAGAUUGUCAGCACCUUUAAGUAUAUGGAAGUAUAGGAAUGAUUACAAAAUGUCUACACCAGGUACAAAUGAACAAAAAAUAUUAUUUACUUUUUUAACCUAUUACUAGACAUGCCACGUGUCAUUAAGUUGUGUGUUAUUCUUGUCAUCCUACCUCAAUCCUUGAGCUAAUGCUAAACAAUGGGUCUUGAAAUGGAAAACGUUUUGUAAAAGUUCUGGAAACUGUAAAUAGACUAAUUUUUUCAAAGUUAUUCUUUAUAAAAAUGGGGUAUUAUUUGUCCUGAGUUUUUAUGGCUGUGUUUGUAUGUUUUGCACAAUUACACAAUAAAUCUUACAAUUGGUC